AUGGCAAAGGAGACACUGCCCGUUCGACUGGUCAUGGGGAGAGCUGCCUGGUGGAUACCCCAUCCAGGACCAGAGCCACCGCAAUGCCAUCGCAAAUCCACUCGACACGCACCUGCGGCUGUGACGAACGCGACGGUCAUGGUCGCCGCCGCGACUUCAGCGGAGGAUACGCGAAAAUUGCCAUUUUCUGCCGCUUUAAAGGAUUUGCUGCAGAACCUGUCCUUUCAUUGUUAUGGUAAAUUAGUCGAGCACGGCCGUCGCAUUCAGGAGCGCUUCUUCUGGCUCAUUUUCCACAUAACUGCCCUGAGCGUUCUAAUUGCAUUCCUCUGGGGGACCUACACGAACGAGGUCCAGGACGCUCUGGUCACCACCAUUUACCAUCCGCUCUAUCCCAUUUGGAAGGUGCAGUUCCCGGCGAUAUCCGUGUGCUCCUUUAAUCGCAUAUCCGAGCGGGCUGCCUGGCGUUAUGCCCAAGAGCUGAGCGGCAAGGAUCCCAAACAGCGCGACGCUAGCUUCUUCUAUGACCAGCUGAAGGACUUUUUUAAUUUGUUCUACAAUCCCCAUGGGACAACGGAUAUUGACAAUGCGCUGCGCUUUCAGAGCUUUCUCGAUAAAUUCGAUGUCGAGGCAAAUGAACUCUUCUUCAAUACGAGAAGGCGCAUGCAUCUCCUCACACCCAACUGCAGCGACAUGUUUGUAUCCUGCCGGAUUGCAGGACGCACCUUCGAUUGUCUCCAGCAGUUCGAGGAGACCCUCACAAGCCAUGGCUACUGUUGCACCUUCAACUAUGAUGGAAGGUAUGUCAACAAGCGGGACUUUCGACAGCGUUACUUUGGACCCGAAAUGGGCCUUGUGCUGACUCUAAAGUCACUGCCGGGCGAUAUUUUCUACAAAGAGAAUCCAAAAAAGGGUUUUAGGCCACAUAGCUAUCCGGAUCCGUUUUCCGGAGGAGUGGCCGAAAGAAUGGCCAAGACGGGCGUGAACACCUUGCUGCCCAUAAAGGCCAAGAUCUUUGAAACAGUGCCCGAAGCCCGCAGGAUGAGUAUGUCGGUGCGCAAGUGUCUCUUUGAGGACGAAAUGCCGUGGAUCUUUGCCCGUCGCUAUACCUUCAGCAAGUGCAUCUCCGCCUGCCGGGCACGCAGUGUCGUCAGCCUCUGCGAGUGCCUGCCCUUCUCACUGCCCCUGCGGUACAUCGGUGGGAAUGAGAGUCGGCUCUACUGCACGCUGCAGCAUGUCGAGUGCCUCAAACGCUACGAUUUUAAAUGGUUGAAUGUCAUCACCAGUCGCGAGAAUGUCACUGGCCUGGAGCACGAGAUGCAGGAUGCCCUCUACUGUCCGCAGUGUCUGGCCUCUUGCUCGGAGACGCGCUACAGUGUGCGCGGCUCCAUGACUUUGGCCCUGCCGAGCACAUCGAAGUCCCCGCCGCGAAGCAUCCUUGGACCUACUGGCAAUAACAGUUACGGCCAAGCCAGCGCCAACGCCAACGCCAACUCGAACUCAUCCUCUCAGUCGGAGAUGACUGUGGUUCGUAUUUAUUUUGCCGAAACGCACAUUCAAUACUUUCGCCAGAUUAUUAAGAGCGCCUGGUACGAGACCUUCAGUACAAUUGGCAACAUCUGCGGCAUUAUAGCGGGCUUCUCAUUGAUUGGCAUCUGCGAGCUGUUGUUUUUUCUAGGCAAACAAUUAUGGCAGGGCUGCAAAGCGGAACUGAGGGCAGAACUCGCACACAUUCAAUGUCGGAAGGAGCACCAGCACCCCUCUGGGGGUACAGAGCAGCGGCAGCACCAGCUCCACGCAGUAGCAGGGGAACAGGAGCCAAUGGAGUUGUUUAUACUGCCGUAA